AUGGAUUAUUCUCUGCAGAAGUUGGUGAAGCUCUACAUUUCUGAGAUUGUAAGACUUCACGGAGUUCUGGUUUCGAUAAUUUCUGAUAGAGAUCCUCAUUUCACUUCUCGAUUUUGGAAGAAACUUUAUGAAGUUCUGGGUUCGAGAUUGGACUUCAGUACUAUGUUCUAUUCUCAGACUGAUGGUCAAUCUGAGAGGGUGAUUCAGAUACUGAAGGAUAUGUUUCAGAGCUGUGAUCAUCUUAAGACAGCUUCUGAUAGACAAAAGUCUUAUACAGAUCUGAAAUGGAGGGAGAUUGAGUACUCUAUGGAUGUCUUUGUUUUUCUUAAAGUAUCUCCGUGGAAGAAGAUUCUACGGUUCGGACGUAAGGGCAAGUUGAUCCCUAGGUUCAUUGGGCUGUAUCGGAUUCUGAAGCGUGUAGGAUCGGUCGCUUAUCAGUUAGAGCUACCUCUAAUGUUAGACUGUAUCCAUGAUGUGUUUCACGUCUCUAUGUUGAUGCGGUAUCGGUUUGACCCAUUUCACGUUGUUUCUGUUGAGAAGAUUGAGGAUAGAUCAGAUUUGACAUUUGAGGAGGAGUCGAUUCAGAUUUUAGAUCGAGAUGUUAAGAUUCUGAGGAGGAAGUCUAUUCCAUUAGUUAAGGUUCUGUGGUAG